UCCUCUUCCGGGGACAGUAUCUAGAGGCAUUCAGGAUGGUUCAGCGUUUGACAUACCGUCGUAGGCUGUCCUACAAUACAGCCUCUAACAAAACCAGGCUGUCCCGAACCCCUGGUAAUAGAGUUGUUUACCUUUAUACCAAGAAAGUUGGGAAAGCACCAAAAUCUGCAUGUGGCGUGUGCCCAGGCCGACUUCGAGGAGUUCGUGCUGUGAGACCUAAAGUUCUUAUGAGGUUGUCUAAAACGAAAAAACAUGUUAGCCGGGCCUAUGGUGGUUCCAUGUGUGCUAAAUGUGUCCGUGACAGGAUCAAGUGCGCUUUCCUCAUUGAGGAGCAGAAAAUCGUUGUGAAAGUGUUGAAAGCACAAGCACAGAGUCAGAAAGCUAAAUAAAAAAAUGAAGCUUCUUUGGGUAAUAAAAAAA